AAGCGCGCACACUCAUCCAAAAGGACCCAAAAGGACUGGGGAAUUGACUUGCCUUCUCACUGGAGGUUCCUCAUGUUUUGGGGAAAUAAUUUCACUGUCACUGAGCGUUCAGCCAAAGAGAUAAACGGUUCCGAGUGCCUCUCUGCCUUCAAGACGCUGGAGCAGCCUUCACUGCUUGAUUUAGAUACUGCCUGGGCAAUUUAUGGUCAUGUUGAUGCUAUGGUAAACAAUUUAGCUCCUGUGGAGAUCGGCAUUUCUCAAUAUGAAAAGAUUUUUCUGUCCGCUGAGGCGAACUCGCCGAUCUAUAACCCAACUGUUUGUCAGGUCGGUCAGUAUUGCCCCAAACUAGUAUCAAAGGUUGCCAAAUUCGGACUGCGCGCUCCUAUCCUCGCUUUUGGUCACUUCCACACCUACAUCCUACAUUCGCGAAACCUGCAGUCGCCCGCCAAGCUCAGUGCCCGCUUACAACGAGAUCACCCAGACGAUCCAGACAUAUAUUGA